UUCCUCUUAGGCCGCUCGCUCUGCUCCGCGGCUCCGCGCUCAGGCGCACGCUCCGCAGCUAUGGCAUCGUCGCUCUCGAUUUCCCCUCAAUUGUCGUCGAAUUGCUUGAAGAGCAAUCUGCAACGCGCCGAGAAAUUCGUGUGCCGAAGUUGCUCGCAGUUCGGCCGAAUUUUGGCGCCUUUGAAGCUCAGUUGCAGGGGAAAUUCGUCCAACAUUGCCGUGCACAGCGUCGUCAAAGGCAAAAAGAGGAUGAAUGCCGUCGGAGCUCCUGUCGUCGCCCCGAUCGCCCGAUACGCUCCGGGAGAUGAUUUGCCCGAAGAUUACACCGAGGACGAUCCUACCAAGACAGCGCUGGAGAGGCGGGCGGGCAUUUUGAUGCACCCCACCUCGCUCCCGGGACCCUACGGCAUCGGAGAGCUCGGCGAUGAAGCUCUUCGCUUCCUCGAUUGGUUGAAAGCGGCAGGUUGCACUGUUUGGCAGGUACUUCCUUUGGUGCCUCCUGGCAGAAAGUCAGGCGAAGAUGGAUCACCUUAUGCUGGCCAGGAUGCAAACUGUGGAAAUACUUUGCUCAUAUCUCUUGACGAGCUGGUCAAGUGGGGACUGCUGGACAGAGCAGAUCUUCCAAGAAAAAUACCUGUUAACCGCAUCGACUUUGAUGCUGUGGCCAAGGUGAAAGAUCCACUUCUCAUCAAGGCUGGGAAAGCACUUAUCAAAAGCGACGGUGGACUCAAAGAAGAAAUGGAAAAGUUUCGGAAAACUCCAUCUAUUUCAGCUUGGUUGGAAGAGGCAGCUCUAUUUGCUGCCAUCGACAGCAACAUCGACGCCAAUUGUUGGUGGGAGUGGCCAUCGGAACUGAGAGACAGGAACCCGAAAGCAUUAGACGCCGCCAGGAAGAAAUACAAAGAUUAUAUUGAUGUAUUUAUUGCACAACAGUUUUUGUUUCAACGACAGUGGAAGGCAAUUCACAAGUAUGCAAAUGAAAGUGGUAUAAGGAUUAUUGGAGAUAUGCCAAUUUAUGUUGGAGGACAUAGUGCGGAUGUCUGGGCAAACAGAAGUUCUUUCAUGCUGGAUGAGGAUACGGGAGAACCGACCAUGGUCAGUGGUGUCCCACCUGAUGCCUUUAGUGACGUCGGCCAACUGUGGGGCAGUCCCUUGUACAACUGGCGAGCUAUGGCGAAGGAUAACUAUAAAUGGUGGGUAAUGCGCAUGAGACGAGCAUAUGAUCUCUAUGAUGAAUUUCGAAUUGACCACUUUCGAGGACUUGCAGGGUAUUGGGCUGUGAAGGCAGGUGAAGCAACUGCGCUUAAUGGUUCAUGGAAGGUGGGUCCUAGAGAACCAUUUUUUGAGGCCAUCAAGAAAAAUCUUGGAAAGCUCGACAUUAUCGCAGAGGACCUGGGGAUCAUAACAAGUGAUGUCGUUGCUUUGAGAAGGGCUAUAAAAGCUCCGGGCAUGGCCGUACUUCAGUUUGCUUUUGGAAGCGACCCACAAAAUCCCCAUCUACCCCAUAAUCACGAAGUUGAUCAAGUUGUAUAUCCUGGAACACAUGACAAUGACACAGUUCUUGGGUGGUGGUUGAGAAUAACUGACGAAGAAAAGGAAGCUGUCAAGCAGUACUUACGACUGACGAGUGACGAAGAUAUCUCAUGGGAGUUCAUUGGAGCUUCCUUGAGUUCGGUGGCACGGACAGUUAUUGUUCCCAUGCAAGAUGUUCUUAGUCUUGACAACUCAGCACGCAUGAAUACUCCUGCUGUCCAGGCUGGCAACUGGGGAUGGAGAGUGGGCGAGACGGGAGUAUUUAUCAAAUUGGCCAAGGAGAAAGACCGUCUACGUGCUUUGCUAAAGUAUUAUAACAGACUGGCAAGGAAGCACUACUGCCCCAUAUAGUGUCAUCAGUCCGUCAAGAAGCAGUAACUCCAACUCUUGGGCGGGCUGUUGCCGCGCUCAUAUGAAACCCGAGAGAAUGGGUUCACACUGGUGUGUGGAUGAGAGGCAAAAUUUUGACAAUGUAACCGGGAUUUUGUCUAUUUGGCUACGAUGCAGGAUUAUCCGCAUAAUUGUUUGCUAUACUCAUUGUGUGGUGAUCACAGGGAUCAAUCGUAUCAUGUAGGAUGUAUAAUUGAAACUUUGAUGACUGUGCCGUAACAUAGGUGCAUAUCAUAUGCAUCAAUUUAACAGUUGUGCCAAAGACUUCAUUAACAAAACAAAUUAAACACAGGUUUUUUGAUUAUGCCAAACUGGUAUGUAUUUUCCUGCCUCAAUUUGAAACUAUCAAUUUUUCCUCGUGUGAAUCUCU